AUGGCAGUAUAUUCAGACCCCGAGAAAGGAGCAGCCCUGUCCGAGGCAGAAGAUGGCUCCGACGUCUUUGAUACUCUUGCGGCCCAAGAGAAGUCCCGUGAUAUCAAGUAUCGGACCAUGUCAUGGCAGCGAUGUGCCGUGCUUCUUUUCGGAGACCAAGUAUGCCUUGCCAUCAUGGCCCAGGCGUGGACAUUGAAGGUACUUGGAUGGGUUCCCGGUCUGAUUGCAUCGAUUCUCUCGGGAAUCUUCUGCUGGAUCACCAGCUAUACUAUGUGGCGGUUCAUCAUGAAGCAUCCCCAUGUGCGCGACGUGUGCGAUAUAGGUUAUCUCCUUUUUGGCCGCAAUCGCAUUGCUUACUACGGCACUAUGGUUGGCCUGGUUCUGUACAACGUCGUGCUUUGCGGAUUCCACGUCCUGACCGGCGCUCAGGUCUUGAACACAGUGACAGGCCAUUCUCUAUGCUCUAUCGAUUUUGGCAUCAUUGUUACCCUCAUUGCAAUCGUGCUCUCCUUGCCGCGCACGCUCAGUCAUGUCAGCCUCAUCUCGAUUGGCAGCGCAAUCUGCAUGGCACUCGCCAUCCUCCUGUUCAUGAUCUACGCAGGAAAGGAAGACUACCCGGCUCAGUACCCUGCUCUCGGCCCCGUGAAGACAUAUGCCUUUCCGCAAGAGGGUACUACCUGGGUGGACUGCCUCAAUGCUGUCCUCAACGUAGCCUUCCUGUGGUUUGCGCAGAUUCUCUACCCAACUUUCAUCGCGGAGAUGCGCCAACCGCGUGAUUUCCCCAAGGCCCUUGCGGCAUUCUCGAUCGCUUCCUUCAUUCUCUUUAUUGUCCCUGCUGUGGUCGGCUUCUACUACCUCGGCUAA